AUGUCAAUCGAGCAAGUAAAUUCCUUCUAUACUACGGCACCUAAAAGGCUAUAUGAUCCUCAUUCAAACACAUACAAUGAAGGGUGGAGAAAUCAUCCGAACCUCUCUUACAAGAACACUCAAGCUCAAUUGAAUUCUCCGUCACCACCACCUACCUUUCAAGCAAGGGAAUCUUUUAAUCACCAACCCAUGAAUCACCAACUGCCAUCGCAAACUUCAAAAUACGAUCUUGAUUCAUUUAUGGAGACUUUCACUACUUCCCAACUUCGACAGCAAGAGCUUAUGACAAAGCAAUUUGAGCUACAAGCAAAGCAAAAUGAACACUUUGAAAGCUCGAUUCAAAUGCUUAUUGCUCAAAACAAGAGGAUAGAAACUCACCUUUAUCAACUUUCACAACAAGUGAGUCAUUUAUCAACUCUUCAUGAUCAAGCAAAAGUCCAAAAGGAACAAUGCAAUGCAGUUUUCUUGAGAAGAGAUGAAUUAUUUUCGAGGAAAAUAGAUGAGAAAGUGUGCAGUGUGGAGUCAAUAAAAGGUGAAAAAUGUGAAAAUGAAAAAAGUUCCAAAUAUGUUGCUCCACUGGCCUAUGAGGAACCGAUGCCCUUCCCACAAAGGUUGUCAAAAGCCGUGCUCGAUAAACAUUUUGGGAAAUAUUGCGAAACUCUUAAGAAGGUAUAUGCUUCAAUUCCUUUUUCUGAUCUUUUAAUUCAAAUGCCUCAAUUCGCAAAAUUUGUGAAGGAAAUUAAAGAUCAACAUGAUGAUAAGGAAGUAGUAAAUGAGAAAUGCUCUACUCUUUUACGUGAUAGCCUACCAUCUAAGCUGGUUUUGUGUGAUUUAGGUGCUAGUGUUAAUUUAAUGCCUUAUUCAUUAUAUGAAAAAUUAGGUUUGCAAAAACUUAAACCUUCCCCUAUUUCUCUUCAAAUGGCUGAUAGGACUGCUAGACUCCCUAAGGGUGUGGUUGAAGAUGUAUUAGUUAAAGUUGGUGAACUUGUUUUUCCUGUUGAUUUUGUCGUUAUGGAUAUGAAAGAAGACCAUAAGAUCCCGAUUAUAUUUGGCCGUCCAUUCCUUGCCACAAGUCAAGCUCUAAUAGAUUUUCCUAAAAGACAAGUGACCAUUAGGGCCCAGGAUAAACAAGUAGUGUUUAAGCUCUUUAAUGAACAUAAUUUUAUAUUUGAUGGUGGUACUUGUUUAAGAAUCGAUGCUACUAACCCUUUGGUUGAUAAGUGUGUAUUUGAUAUAAUUCUUGUGAGAAACGAGGACAAUAUUCCACCAAAUGAUGUGUUUAGCUACAUGAAAGUAAGUUCGGAUACAAAGCAUGUCAAAUAUAAAAUGAAGGAGUCAGUUGGAGGGGGAUAUUUUCAUGGGCAACAUCGCGGAGUUUCUUCUUUGUGUGGUGACCCAGGUUGA